GGGGUUGGAACAAAUACCACAAGAGGAAAGGCCAGAGUUGCCCAGCCCUGGUCUAGACUACGCUGCUCUACAGGAAGUCAGGAAGUCCUGUAGUCACUUCACAAUGUGGUAACACACAGGAAACCUUGCACUCAACUUUAUGCACGCCUGGGCACAAGUCUUGCUUUCAUAAAAAUGAUUUCUUCUGGGAAAAUAGUCUUCUUUCUGGGCAUUUCCUACGUUUAUGCAUCUUCCCUCUCUGCAGCUCAGCUGACAGCCCAGCAGGUGAAGGGGAUUGUGGGGGAACCGUUCACUUUUCCUGUGGUAAUACCAAACCUGCUGCCAGAUACAGAAAUAAACUGGAGAUACGGUACUGAGGACACAGACUGGCCCAUUGCGAGAAUUCAGAACAGAAAGAUUGUCGCUGUUGUAGACGAGAGAUUCAAAGCAAGGCUGCAGCUGGACAAUGUUACCAACUCUCUCAGGAUUAACAACGUACAGACAGCAGACAGCGGGUUUUACCAAGUGGAGAUUUACAAAGAAAUUUAUUUAAAAAAAAUAUUUGUCUUGUCUCUUUACAACGUGGCUCCCGUCCCUCGAGUUAAAAAGGGAAGUGAAAGAGGGGAGAGUGACUGCGUCCUGCUGUGCUCGGUGGAAAACUGGAACAACACAUCUCUGUCCUGGCAAAGAAACGGGACUGCACUGACCCAACCAACCUCACGACACUCAACCCAACUGGACCUUUCCCACCACCAAAUACGGGGGGUAAAUGCCACCUACAGGUACACCUGUGUGGCCAGCAACCCUGUCAGCAAUCAGACCAUCACUGUCACACCUUCGGAUUACUGUCCUCUCAAAGAAAGAGGAGGCCACACUGAGCUCAUCCUGAGGGUGCUGGUGUUCAUAGUGCUGACUGGAGUCGUCAUCGCAGUCUGUGUGUGGGUCUGGAAGAAGGGGAGCGCUCAGGAUGAAGACAGGAAUUAAAGAACAGAGGAAACGCUUUGAAAAUACACCCCAUGGGGUACUUGAGUGGAUCACCUGGUAAAAACACUGCUGCGUGGUGUGCGGGGUGAGCCAUACAGUCUGGAGCUUGCUGGUUUGAAUCCAGCCUGUGCAAGGCAGCUGGGGAUUCCAAAGAGGCGCCGCAUUGGCUCUGGCUUCUCCGGGUUAGGGAGGUGGGGUUCCGGCAGACACGGUUUCUCCACAUCGCUCUUCAGCGACCCCUACAGGCCGAGUGAGCUUGGGGGUGGAGAUUUCCUUUGUUGGCCCUUGUCCUCCAGGUGCAAGCCUGCUGACAUCCGCUCUCAAGUUCCUCAGUGUUGAAUUGCACCAUUGAUCUUCCUGACCAGGGUCGCAAAUCCUGUAAAUAUCGCCUAUGACCAGGAUCAUGUAAAUUGGAAUUGUUUUGGCUUUUUUAUGCUUUAAUUUGUAUUCGUGUAUCUUGUGUUUCCUCCCAUAGGAUUGAUGAAACUGGUCUUUAGUCCGGCCAGCAGACAGACCCCAAUCUCCCAACUCAGUACGAGCAAGACCAGCCCUAAGCAAAUGUAAAGAGCCACUCGGUACUUAGUUAUCUUAACUGGGGUGCUAUUCGUGGUGUUGAGAUUCAGCCUGUAUGUCGUUUUCUGUUGAGUCACAUUCUGGUUAAAUGUCUUUACUUCCUGUUUUAGAUAACGGUGAUGUUAUUUAUAACAUGGCCUCCAAAAGCCUACUGAUGAAACUGCAGUAUAUUAGGGAAUUACACUGAACUAAGCAGUUUGCUUGUGGAAUCGGAUUGGUAUUAUUAACCUUAAACACACUUUGUGGGGUACAAACUGUUCUUCUUUCGAGUGAAAGAACAAAAAGAAAACUGCUGAAUGACUUUACUGAAACUACUGAAACACACUGCUGUGCAUUUUUUAUAGGAAUUGAAUGUUUUUUGUAACUGUUUUCAUUAGAGAAUUUACACCAAGCAGUUGACUUGUGGAAUCAGGGUUCAGUAUUCUUAACAUAUGUCUUUGAAGUGUCUUUGAAGGGCAGCAGUGUGGAGUAGUGGUUAGGGCUCUAGACUCUUGAUCAGAGGGUCGUGGGUUCAAUCCCUGGUGGGGGACACUGCUGCUGUACCAUUGAGCAAGGUUCUUUACCUAGAUUGCUCCAGUUAAAAACCCAACUGUAUAAAUGGGUAAUUGUAUGUAAAAAUAAUGUGAUAUCUUGUAACAAUUGUAAGUCACCCUGGAUAAGGGCGUCUGCCAAGAAAUAGAUAUUAAUUAAUUAAUAAUGCUAUUUCCUAUCAGCUGCUUUCUUGCACUAAUACUGCAUAUUUAUUUUAUAAUUAACUGUCAAGCUGGGUGAUUGCAGUGGGUAUAAUAUACAUUGAGGCUGAAAUUUGAAAUGCAGUGUGAUGCAGCCUAAAGCGAUGCUAGCCAUAAUAUUUUCUUACUUGUUAAAAAGUGAUCAAGUUGUUUAAUUUCCAGAUUUGUAAAAUUGUAAUUUACAAUGAUGUACAUUUAAAAUGUGAAUGUAAAAAUGUUAUAUCAAUUUAAAAAUGGUAUCCUUUCGGAGAAAUUGUGAAGAAAUAAAACUUGGAGGAAAUGUUUUUGAGAAUAUUCCUUUGUACCUCCUGCCUUGCUACUUGUUAAAAUUACAACAUGCAGUGCUAACCGAGGCUUUAAGAUCCAUUUUCUACCUCAAGACACGGACGCAGGUGGAAAGCUGCUGCUGUUUCCUGGUACGAAACCAUUUCCUUGUCGCGCUCCAGUAUAGAAUAAUAACCUGUGGUGACAGGAAGUAGCAAAACUAAACAGCUUAACGCAUUAAUAAGAUGGGAUGUGAGGCCAGAAGGGGUGUAACAAUUCAUUGUGUAUGUAUUGUUUGUAUUUUGACUCAAAACCCAAAAGCACAUCACAGAGCUGUCUGUUUCACCAAGUGGCUCUGAUAGCUGCUACAAAUGCAUUAAAUGUUUGACUUUUAACUAAAUUGGCUCACUAUUGGGCCUAAAUGGCCAUUUGAUCUCAGCAUGCGUUAUCCAAGUAACCCAUCAGGACCAUCUCAAGCACUGCGAUGCGUAUCCUAACACUAGCGUAUCGUUACACUCCUAGGCUAGUGAAUGUAACUCUUGCCAUCUCUGACCAAUUUAUAAGAUGUAUUUUGUUUGUAAUGGUUC